CUCAUUGCGUUCUGUAUCCUGCGCAGGCACCGAGGAAGCCGUACGAUGACCAAAGUAGCGACGAGAGGCCUGGUUUUGCGGAAAGCCGUUCUGCGGCAGCCACCAUGCUGACUUUGCCCGGCUCCUGUGGCUUGUUGGCUGGCUUGGAGGUCCCCACCGUUGAGAGGCUGGGCUGAAGGUGCCACUUCUCCUCCUCCUCCUCCCCAUCUCUCGCUGGACGGCUUCCGUUGUUUGGCUCACCAUGGGAGGAUGUUUCUCCAAACCCAAACCAGGACCGAAUAACUUGCCUGUAAGCGUUUUAAAAGACUUGGCUGAGGAGCUCUCUGCGCCCCUGAGACUGAUUUUUAAUAAAUCUUGGAGUACUGAGGAUGUUCCAGAGGAGUGGAAAACAGCUGAAGCCAGUGUGCCAGUGUUUAAAAAAAGUAAACGGAAUGAGCUCGUGGAGGUGAAAAUCGAGGUGGUGCUGCCGGAGAAAGAGCGCGUCAAAGAGGAGACGUCGCCCAACGGGAAGGCCAGCCCCAUCAUUUACAAGGCCAACGGCACCUCGCGGCACUACCAGCUGGAGGAGCACCCGGUCGCCAUCAACCCGUACCGGAACGUGAAGGACGUGGUGGAGGCCUCUGUCUGCCACGUGAAGGACCUGGACAACGGACAGAUGCGAGAAGUCGAUUUGGGCUGCGGGAAGGCUCUGCUGGUGAAAGAAAAUGGAGACUUUUAUGCUGUGGGUCAUAAAUGUCCUCACUAUGGUGCCCCGCUGGUGAAAGGGGUCUUGUCCAAAGGCCGGGUCCGUUGCCCGUGGCACGGGGCUUGCUUUAACAUCGGCACCGGCGAUAUCGAAGACUUUCCAGGGCUGGACAGUCUCCCCAAGUUCCAGGUGAAAAUUGAGAAGGAGAAAGUGUACAUUCGAGCAAGCAAGCAGGCCCUUCAGGCUCAGAAGCGGACUAAGGUGAUGGCGAAAUGCAUCUCGCUGAGCAACUACAGCAUCAGCAGCACCAAUGUGCUCAUCAUUGGGGCAGGUCCUGCUGGGCUGGUGUGUGCAGAGACGCUGCGCCAAGAGGGCUUCUCGGACAGGAUUGUGAUGUGCACAAUUGAUCGACAUUUGCCCUAUGACAGGCCCAAGCUGAGCAAGUCAAUGGAUUCCCACGCUGACCAGAUCGCUCUGCGUCCUAAAGAAUUCUUCCGCACGAACGACAUUGAGGUCCUGACCGAAAUGCAGGUGGUGGCAGUAGAUGUCAAGAACAAGACGGCCAUUUUCAAGGAUGGGUUUAAGAUGGAGUACAACAAGCUGCUUCUUGCAACAGGAAACACACCCAAAACGCUCAGCUGCAAAGGCAAAGAAGUGGAGAACGUUUUUACCAUCCGGACUGUGGAGGACGCCAACCGGGUGGUCAAAGUGGCCGCCGGCAAAAAUGCGGUGGUGGUGGGCGCCUCUUUCCUUGGGAUGGAGGUGGCUGCUUACCUUUCGGAGAAGGCUCACUCGGUCUCUGUGGUGGAGCUGGAAGAAGUGCCCUUCAAGAAGUCCUUUGGGGAGAAGGUUGGACGCGCCCUCAUGAAGAUGUUUGAAAACAACCGAGUGAAAUUCUACAUGCAGACCGAAGUGUCGGAGCUGCGGGAACAGGAGGGCAAGCUAAAGGAGGUGGUGCUGAAAAGCGGAAAGGUUCUCCGGGCAGACGUCUGCGUCAUCGGCAUAGGAGCCACUCCAGCUACCGGAUUCUUGAAGCAGAGCGGCGUCCAUCUCGACUCUAAAGGUUACAUUGUGGUGAACAAGAUGAUGCAGACCAACGUUCUGGGAGUUUUCGCUGCGGGAGACGUGGUCACCUUUCCCCUGGCGCUGAGAAAUCAUAAGAAGACCAAUGUCCCCCACUGGCAGAUGGCUCACAUGCAGGGGCGCAUAGCAGCACUGAACAUGUUGGCUCAUGGGACAGAAAUCAGCACAGUCCCUUACCUGUGGACCGCUAUGUUUGGCAAGAGCAUUCGCUAUGCAGGCCACGGAGAAGGAUUUGAUGAUGUGAUUACUCGGGGAGACCUAGAUGAACUUAAAUUUGUAGCCUUUUACACUAAGAGCGACGAGGUCCUUGCCGUGGCAAGCAUGAACUAUGACCCUCUGGUCUCCAAGGUGGCCGACGUCAUGGGCGCCGGCAGGACGAUCCGCAAGCGAGAUGUGGAGCUCUUCGUCCGCUACGGCAAAACUGGAGACAUGUCCUGGCUAACGGGAAAAGGCUCCUAAGGGCCUGGGAGCAUCUGGUUCCACUUCGGGGACCUCCGCAGCGGCCACCUUCCUCCAGGCUCGGCAAGCCCAGCACCUUCCCUGUGAAUCUUCUCCUGGCUCUUUUCUCCUCCGUCUCAAGGACCUCCACCGAAGCUCAUCGGAGAUGGACUUGCACUUCGGCUGCCGUGGGACGGUUGUAAAAGCUGCCAGGGUGGAGCUGAAGGAAAGGGGCCUCUUGGAACCACUGGGCUGGGGAGCUGUCCAUGGAGGGGGCAGGAGCUGCCCGGGCAGAGGGCGGGGAAAUGCACACGGCUUGCACUUUUCGCAGGCUGGCACAUGGCCCAAAGAGUCAGCUGCCAAGGGUGCUUUGGAACAGGGCAUAGCUUCCUUGGGAUGCUGCCUGGCCCCCAUCUUUGACAGCCCUUCCCCUUUCUCCCGAGGCGAGCCCUUCCCUGCUUUUUCCUGCAGCACCCUGCGCCAAAAUGCCUGUUUGUCUUCUUGCGCCAAUGGGAAGGUCCCUUGGACAACUGGAAAUGAGAAUGCGGCCUGAGCAGCUUCCUUUCCUUGCUCCACUGUGUCUGGACCAUCCUUGGUCUGCUGGGAUCACGGGAACCUGCACAUCAUUCCCCGGUUCCAUCUCCCAUUUUUCUUGCCAAACCUGGUGGCGCACUUUAGAUUCAGGAC